CGAAUUAGUUUGUCUAAACAUUAUUCUGGUCGCCAUUAGUUGAACCGAAUUAGUGUUUAAUAAACUGGUUAUUCUGGUCCAACAGAAUAGUGUUUAAUCAUAAGGUGGCCGUCCAGGUUCAGCCAUCAGUCUGUAGCUCCCAUUCUAGUGGCACCCAUUCUAUUGACAUCGCCUGGCGACUCCUCCUUGGCGACUACUCCUUGGUCACCACCGCCUAACCAAACUACAUGUGCCCGUGUUUUUCCCUUCUGGUCGUUUCGUCGCUCUCUCCGUGUCUCCAUUAUGCCGUUGCGUUUCUGCCCAUUCUCGCCUUUCUCCUCCCUAUUCAUGUCUCCCCCCUCUUCCAUACAUGCCCCUGCCUGGCGUCGACGUGCUCCACAUUGUCCAGCACCCAAUUUGCCCGUUUCGUCGCCCAUUCCAGCACCCCAUGCUGUCACUGCAUCAAUGGCAUAUUCUGGAUUGGGAUUAAUUCGUGGCAUCGGUCGUGGGGAUGCAGGAGCCCCAGGCCUGGAUCUCCCAAACGCGCCGUUGCUAGUGCCAGUGCCAGGAUUGAGGCUGCCACCUCUGCCUCCAGGGGCUGGGCGUCGCUGACGUGUCGCCACGCCCUAGCCGAUAUGCCGCGUUGGUACUCUUCCCACGCGAUGAGGCAUCGCUCCAAACUGGAAAAUUCAACCUUUCACCAUUUCACUAGAGGUGUCAACCCAACCUCGGAAUCUUCGUGGUGUCACUUCACCAAGAUAGCUCACUAGCGGUGCUUCACUCUCUACAUAUGCCACUGGCGCCACACUCGGUCGUGUCCCUUCUCUACGAUGCCAAUGGUGCCAAUUCACUCUCAAAAGGCGUCACAUUCCUGACGUCUCCCACUGGCUUCACGCUCAUUGUACAUACGCCUCUCUUCACUCCACCACCUAAGCCUGCAAAAAUAAUAAAAUAAAACAAGAAUGAUGAGUUCAGAAAUUUGGGUAUACUGGGUCAAUCAUGAUUUGAGUACUCUGACUGGUGCACAGCGUUUUGUCGUCAUAUUCAUCACUCUUGUUCAAU